AUGCGCUCCUCACCGCAAGUUUCUCCCCUCUUCCCACGGUGUUCCACGCCAGGUCCUGCCAUGGAGCUGCGCUCCGAGUUGCCCAGCGUACCCGGCGCGCCGACGGCGGCUGCGACAGCGACGGGCCCGCCCGUGGCUUCGGUGGCGUCGGUGGCAGCGGCGGCGGCAGCGGCCGCUUCGCUACCUGUGAGCGUGGCGGGCGGCUUGCUACGAGCGCCGCCGCUGUUGUUGCGGGCUGCGGAGAAGUACCCGCGGACCCCCAAGUGCGCGCGCUGCCGCAACCACGGCGUGGUGUCUGCGCUCAAGGGCCACAAGCGCUACUGCCGCUGGAAGGACUGCCUGUGCGCCAAGUGCACGCUCAUCGCCGAGCGCCAGCGCGUCAUGGCGGCGCAGGUGGCGCUGCGCAGGCAACAGGCGCAGGAAGAGAACGAGGCGCGCGAGUUACAGCUCCUCUACGGCACUGCCGAGGGCCUGGCGCUGGCCGCCGCCAACGGCAUCAUCCCGCCGCGACCCGCCUACGAGGUCUUCGGCUCUGUGUGCGCCGCCGACGGCGGCGGGCCGGGAGCGGGAGCGCCCGCGGGCACCGGAGGCGGCGCCGCGGGCGCGGGGAGCUCAGAGGCCAAGUUACAGAAGUUUGACGUAUUCCCCAAGACGCUGCUUCAGGCAGGCCGCGCAGGCAGCCCGCAGCCGCCGCCGGGAAAGCCCUUAUCACCCGACGGCGCGGACUCUGGUCCCGGGACAUCGUCCCCAGAGGUGCGAGCAGGCUCGGGCUCGGAGAACGGCGACGGCGAGUCCUUUUCUGGGUCGCCCCUGGCCCGGGCCUCCAAAGAGGCAGGUGGCAGCUGCCCAGGCAGCGCUGGCCCCGGAGGCGGCGGCGAGGAGGACAGCCCGGGAUCCACCAGCCCUCUGGGUUCAGAAUCCGGUUCCGAGGUCGACAAAGAAGAGGCAGAGGCCGCUCCCGCGCCCGGGCUGGGCGGGGGCCCGGGUCCACGACAGCGGACGCCGCUAGACAUCUUGACGCGCGUCUUCCCGGGCCACCGGCGGGGUGUCCUGGAGCUAGUGUUGCAGGGCUGCGGCGGCGACGUGGUGCAGGCUAUCGAGCAGGUGCUGAACCACCACCGCGGGGGCCUGGCGGCCGGCCUCGGCCCCGCCGUGCCCCCCGAUAAGGCCGCGGUGGGGGCAGUAGUAGCAGCGGAUGACGCGUGGCCUGGCCGCGUCGACGCCGCGGCCGCUGGGGGGCCGGGGCUGCCCGCGCCGCUGCAGGCGGGCCCAGCCGCACCUCCGCACCACAGACCUUUGCUGGCCGGCGCCAUGGCGCCCGGGGCGCUGGGCUCGCUGAGCAGCCGCUCGGCCUUCUCGCCACUGCAGCCCAACGCCAGUCACUUCGGUGCCGACGCGGGCGCCUACCCGCUGGGCGCGCCGCUCGGCCUCAGCCCCCUGCGCCUGGCCUACUCGGCGGCGGCGGCGCACAGUCGCGGCCUGGCCUUCAUGGCUCCCUACUCCACCGCCGGCCUGGUGCCCACACUCGGCUUCCGCCCGCCCAUGGACUACGCCUUCAGUGAUCUCAUGCGCGACCGCUCGGCCGCCGCCGCUGCUGUGCACAAGGAGCCGACCUACGGCGGCGGCCUGUACGGGCCCAUGGUCAAUGGCGCCCCUGAGAAGCAGUAG